CUUCCAUCCAUCCAUGCUUGUGUACGGUCAUCCGUGGUGGAUUCCGUUGAGUAAAUAAAGAUUCACUGGCGGCUCAGUCGUUCUCCCUCUCGGUUCACUAUUUUUUCACAAAAUUCUCGAAUUUCAACCUCCCGUUUUUUCUCUCUCCUCCCUUCAGCAGCCGCACUGCACUUCUACUCUCUUUCUCCCUUUACUACCUCCACCUUCUAGGGAUUCGCCGCCGCCUCUUCAGAACCAUCGUAGCCGCUUCCCGAACUGGAACCUCUCCGUGCUCCAUCUACCGCCGCCGCUGGCCACUGGCUUCGUUGAUUAGUCCCAAACCCCUCCACUUCCCCGCGUCACUUCACGCCCCGCGUGGAAACCAAUCCCCGAUCAUGUUCACAAUCCCUUUGACCUAGCUAACGCGGCGUCUGGUUAGGGUUAUGAAUUGCAGUCCGAAAUUUGUACGAUUAGGGCAGGGCUGAUUGCUUAGUUGGAGGUGUCAGGGGUGGUUGGAUUUGUUGGCUUCAUUUUGGAUGGCAUUGGGGGAUUUAAUGGUGUCCAGGUUCUCGCAUUCUUCGGCCACCCUGGUUUCUAGCCACUUGGAGGACUUCGCCCAUCACGAUGAAGGGGAGACUGGAAGUAGCAACCAGAUUAGAAUUAGGGACUCUUUGGAGACUGCUCGCAGUAGCUAUGGCGGCAGUGCUGACAAUGCCUCCACUUCGAUGACGACGACAACAAGCAUGGCAUAUCUGCCGCAUACUGUAGUGUUUUGUGAGCUUAGGCAUGAUGGAUUUGAAGAAUGCAGGCCAUCUGGGCCACUGGAAAGCGGGCUGGUUUCCAAAUGGCGUCCAAGGGAUAGAAUGAAGACAGGAUGUGUUGCUCUUGUGAUGUGUUUAAACAUUAGUGUUGAUCCCCCUGAUGUUAUCAAGAUAUCACCUUGUGCUCGUAUGGAGUGCUGGAUUGAUCCAUUUUCGAUGGCUCCACAAAAAGCACUUGAAUCAAUUGGGAGGACUUUAAACCAGCAAUAUGAGAGGUGGCAGCCUAGGGCCCGCUAUAAAAUUUCAUUAGAUCCCACUGUUGAAGAAGUAAAAAAACUUUGCACAACAUGCCGCAAAUAUGCAAAAUCAGAAAGAGUUCUUUUUCACUAUAAUGGGCACGGUGUACCAAAGCCAACUGCGAAUGGUGAAAUAUGGUUAUUUAAUAAGAGUUAUACGCAGUAUAUCCCUUUGCCAGUCAGCGACCUGGAUUCUUGGUUGAGAACCCCAUCAAUAUAUGUUUUUGACUGCUCUGCAGCUGGAAUGAUUGUCAAUGCCUUCAUAGAGCUUCAGGACUGGAAUGCCUCUAAUUCUUCUGCGCCUUCAACAAGGGAUUGCAUUUUGCUUGCUGCAUGCGAAGCGCAUGAAACUCUUCCUCAAAGUGCCGAGUUUCCUGCUGAUAUUUUUACUUCAUGCCUUACGACACCCAUUAAAAUGGCAUUGCGAUGGUUUUGCACUCAAUCUUUGUUGCGCGACUCACUUGAUUACUCACUCAUAGAUAGAAUUCCUGGUCGGCAAACUGACCGGAAAACACUUCUUGGGGAACUGAACUGGAUAUUUACAGCGGUUACAGACACAAUUGCUUGGAAUGUUCUUCCCCAUGAUCUAUUUCAGAGAUUGUUUCGGCAAGAUCUCUUAGUUGCGAGUUUGUUUCGAAAUUUCUUACUUGCUGAAAGAAUAAUGCGCUCAGCAAAUUGUUCACCAAUUUCAUACCCGAUGUUGCCACCUACCCAUCAGCAUCAUAUGUGGGAUGCAUGGGACAUGGCUGCUGAAAUAUGCCUUUCUCAGCUUCCAACAUUAGUUCAGGAUCCCAAUGCCGAGUUUCAAUCAAGUCCAUUUUUCACUGAGCAGUUGACAGCUUUUGAGGUCUGGCUGGAUCAUGGAUCAGAGCACAAGAAACCUCCAGAGCAGUUGCCUAUAGUGCUUCAGGUGUUACUCAGUCAAUGCCAUCGGUUUCGUGCUCUGGUGCUUCUUGGAAGAUUUUUGGACAUGGGACCUUGGGCUGUUGAUCUGGCAUUAUCUGUGGGUAUAUUCCCAUAUGUUUUAAAGCUGUUGCAAACAACCACUCCAGAACUUAGGCAAAUUCUUGUCUUCAUAUGGACAAAGAUUCUUGCACUUGAUAAGUCUUGUCAGGUUGAUCUCGUAAAGGAUGGUGGACAUACAUAUUUCACCAGGUUUCUCGAUAGUAUUGAUGCGUAUCCAGAGCAGAGGGCCAUGGCUGCAUUCGUCUUGGCAGUCAUUGUGGAUGGUCACAAACGGGGGCAGGAAGCCUGUAUUGAAGCUGGCCUUAUACAUAUCUGCCUAAAACAUCUUCAAGCAUCAGCACCAAAUGAUGCACAAACUGAACCUCUUUUCCUUCAAUGGUUGUGUCUAUGUCUAGGGAAACUAUGGGAAGAUUUCACUGAGGCACAAAUGAUUGCUCUACAGUCUGAUGCACCCACAAUAUUUGCACCUUUGCUUUCUGCACCCCAACCCGAGGUCCGUGCUGCUGUUGUGUUCGCACUAGGCACUUUGCUGGACAUUGGGUUUGGUACCUCUAAGGAUGGUGUUGGGGGAGAGGAAGAGUGUGAUGGUGAUGAAAAAGUCAGGGCUGAAGUUAGUAUUGUUAAGAGCCUUUUAAGUGCUUUCUCGGAUGGAAGCCCAUUGGUUAGGGCAGAGGUUGCAGUAGCAUUGGCACGCUUUGCAUUCGGGCAUAAUAAGCACCUAAAGUCUGUUUCAGCCUCUUACAUGAAACCUCAGAGCAAUUCUGUGCUUACUUCUUUGCCUUCUUUUGCUGUCAAGAGUUCUGGCAGUGGCUAUACAACGCCAACUCAUUAUGUGCCUUAUGGAAGUAUCAUUCCAUCUUCGAUAGCUCCCUUAUUGAGAAUUGGAGGUGAAAACCAAUCUGCUACUCGGGAUGGGAGAGUCUCUGCUAGCAGCCCCCUUGCUGCACCAAGUAUAAUGCACGGCUCUCCCUUGUCUGAUGAUUCAUCACAACAUUCUGAUUCUGGAUUAUUAAAUGACCCAAUUAACAAUGGCACUUUGAACCGUACAAGAGCACUAGAUAAUGCAUUGUAUUCUCAGUGUGUGUUAGUUAUGUGUACCCUGGCAAAGGAUCCAUCACCCCGCAUUGCAGCCCUUGGCCAGCGUGUCCUGUCCAUUAUCGGUAUUGAGCAAGUGGUUGCAAAACCUGUCAAGCCUACUAGUGAAUUUGCUGCAGCUCCUAGCACCAGUUUUGCUGGGCUGGCUCGAUCAUCUUCAUGGUUUGACAUGAAUGGAGCCAGUCAUCUGCCUUUAACAUUCAGAACUCCUCCGGUUAGUCCUCCUCGUGCCAGUUACAUGACGGGACUCCGGAGAGUUUGUUCACUCGAGUUUAGGCCACACUUGAUGACCUCUCCAGACACUGGGUUGGCUGACCCACUUUUGGGCUCAAGCGGACCUUCUGGAACUUCUGAGCGCAGUUUUCUACCACAAUCGACCAUAUAUAGUUGGAGCUGUGGUCACUUCUCAAAGCCGCUUCUAACUGCGGCUGAUGACAGUGAAGAGAUGAUUAGUAGAAGAGAAGGGAGAGAAAAGAUGGCCCUUGACUUGAUCACAAAAUGCCAACACUCUUGUGUGAGCAAGCUGCAUAAUCAAAUUGCCAGUUGGGAUACAAGAUUUGAAACUGGUACCAAAACUGCCUUGUUGCAGCCAUUCUCACCAUUCGUGAUUGCAUCAGAUGACAGUGAAAGGAUCAGGGUAUGGAAUUAUGAAGAGGCAACCCUGCUGAAUAGCUUUGAUAACCACAGCUGCCCUGACAGAGGAAUCUCAAAGCUGUGCUUUGUGAAUGAACUUGAUGAAUGUUUGCUUCUUGUUGCCUCAAGUGAUGGCAACAUCCGCAUCUGGAAGGAUUAUGCAUCAAGAGGCCGGCAAAAGUUGGUCACCACAUUUUCUUCAAUUCAGGGUCACAGAGUGGGUAUGCGUAAUGUGAAUGCUGUGGUUGAUUGGCAGCAGCAAUCUGGUUGCCUGUUCGCAUCCGGUGAAAGUUCAUCAAUAUUAACUUGGGAUUUGGACAAAGAGCAGCUUGUAAAUACCAUUCCGUCAUCCUCUGAGUGUAGCAUUUCUGCAUUGUCCGCUUCACAGGUUCAUGGAGGUCAAUUUGCAGCUGGUUUUGUGGAUGGAUCUGUUAGGCUCUUUGACAUCCGAAUGCCACACAUGCUUGUUGCUACAACUCAACCACAUACCCAAAGAAUAGAAAGAGUUGUAGGAAUUGGCUUUCAACCUGGACUGCAACCAGCUAAGAUUGUGAGUGCAUCUCAGGCUGGGGACAUCCAAUUUCUUGAUGUGAGGAAUGUGAAGGACGCAUACCUAACAAUUGACGCACAUAGGGGAUCACUGACGGCUCUAGCUGUUCAUCGGCAUGCACCACUCAUAGCUAGUGGCUCAGCAAAGCAACUCAUCAAGGUGUUCAACUUGGAGGGUGAGCAGUUAGGCACCAUACGGUAUCUAUCCACUUUCAUGGCACAAAAGAUUGGGUCCGUGAGAUCCCUGGCAUUCCACCCGUAUCAAGUCCUCCUUGCAGCCGGUGCUUCAGAUUCUUGCGUCUCUCUGUAUGCUGAUGAUGUCACUCUCCCAAGAUGACAUAAGCUUCCUAAACAGACCCCCAAGUUCGAGUUGACAUUUGAAUACCUAUCAAUCCAUCUGACGAUUAGGUUGUCGCCCCAUUUGUGUAUGUUGUCAUAUUCGUUGAGCCUCCCUUGACAUACUCAUCGAAGUUGGUUGGGUGUCUCGACCCUCAUCUUCAGAGGCUUGUCUAAUAAUUUGAUGCAUAGGUAAAGAAAGAUGUAAAUAUCUCCCCCAUCUCCCACCCCCUCUGUUAUUUAGUUCCUGUUGAUUUAGUGUGUUGCUUUUAUCAUAUUGAAACCCCGUUCACCUGUAUAGAUCAACUGGUCU